CCUACCUGCUACUUGAGUGUUUUUCCGCUGCUUCAAGUGUCGUGGGCCUCUUUCCCUGCCACUUUCCCGGCUGCAACCCUCAAUGUCACGGCCACAGGUCUGCUAAAGCGCACCUUGGGAAUUGGGGGUUUUGUUGCUAGGGGGGUGGGGGGUUGGGGGGGGGGUUGGGGUGCAGAGAAGGGCAGUAAGAAGUCGGAGGUAGGCGGGAGGGUGCUGUUGUGAAAGGAGUAGUUUUUGGUUUGAUCACACUGCCACCCUUUGGCAGCAGUCCCAGCUGGUACAAGAAUGGAGCGGUUCAGUGAUCUGGUCCCCCAUGCCAUUCCGCCAAUCGUCGCCAUCAACAUUGUUGAGUAUGAUGAUGAUAAUGGCAAUGGUUUGGAUGAUCCAGAUUUGGACACGUGUGUUGCAGAGGCGCAGGCAGAGAUCAUAGCUCUUCUGCGGGAUUCGGAUCCCGAGCGUCGAAAGAAAGCCAACGAGUACAUAACUACGCUUGCGGCGGAUCCGGCUGGAUGGCGUGUUACAUUUGCCUUGGCUCUUGGGCCAGAUGAUGCCCCGACAACCAAAAGGGCAGAGACUGGGAACAUGGUGGCUGAACCAUCUGCAAUCCCAGCAGAUGUUCGUUUCUUUGCAUUAAAUAUGCUCCUCUCCAAGGUGCGGCUUGAUUGGAUGCAGCUUUCACCGGCAGAUGCUCAGGACCUCUUCGAGGGUUUGCUGAGGGAUGUCCCCAGAACAGAGGACAGUCUUGUCCGCUCUCGAUUGUGUAUAGUGGUUGGGGCAGUUGCUGCAUUGGCAGGACCUGGAAUUUGCUGGGAGUUGCUUGAGCGUAUCUUUGGAAAUGCUGCAGAAGAGAUUCCGGCAAUGGAGAACAGUCUGGCUCUUGAGCUUCUCACAGCACUCGCAGAGGAAACGCUGCUUCGCUCAAGGGCCCACUACUGGGAGGUUGGGGAGUGUAUGCAGGAGAGCUGCCCGAGUGUUUUGAAGCUACUCCAGGAGGUUUCACUGUCAGCUGCAACAGGCAAUAAUACGGCGCUGUUAACGAAGGCGUUCAAGUGUCUAGAGCGCUGGCGUCAGGCUGGCAUCACUUUAUCGGAGCUACAGACGGACUACAAUCCUCUCUUGCUGGCAUUGCUGGAAAGUCUUGGCUCCCAUGACACACAGGUGUUUGAAGCGGCUGUUAACGUGUUGGGUGAGCUCAUCAUGGAAGUUGAUGUGUUGCCGGGUCGAGAGGCAGCUGCUCACACUGUUCUUAAAGGGUUGCUGGGAAGGAAAGUCAUUUACAUUGCUGCAGCCCGGGAGGAGGCCGACCUGGAAGCCGGCAUGAGGGAGCGUGCGUACGGGCUAGUGUCUCUCAUAUCUGCUUUGGGAUUUGCAGAAUCGAGCAUGUUGCUGAAAGGUGGUGAGGAUGCAUUUGCACUUUUGGAUUGGCUUAUUGAUGCUACUGGGGGAGGAGGGGGACUUGGACUGGAAGGCGCAUCAAUGGCUGGUGAAGUGUGGCCAAAACUUUCAAAGGUUGGGAAAGCAGACAAGCAAGGAGGACUUGGUAUGCGGACAUCACUCUUCAGAGCGGCUCUCGAGUCUCUGUUGCGGGUGUCUGCACUGCCUUUAGGAUUCGUUUCGUGGGAGGAAAGUGAUAUUGACAAGGAAGACCUAAUAAGGUUUCGGGAAGACAUAGUGACAGAGGCAUUGACUGUGUGCUUCAAGGAACUAGGCCCGGCUUUCCUUGCACGCUUAGAGAAGGAGCUGACUGGAGGGAUGUCAUGGCAAGCCCUGGAGGUUGCACUCUUUGCUGCAGGAGCUGCCAGUGAAGUGAUCUGUGCGGCGGCAGAUUGUGCCACCACAAAUGGAAGGCCAGCAGGUUUGGAUUGGGAGUUCACAGAGCAGGACAGGAUCCAAGCGACAUCGUUCAUAUCAGGCCUUUUUGCGAACCUCCCAGGAGCAGCUGCGCUUAUGGCCCGGGAUAGAUCAAAUGCACCAGCACCGCUUAUGGUGUCAUCUGCGCUGCAGGCCAUAGAGAGAUUUGCCGGACGGGCUGUGCUGGGCAAAGAGAUGCUCGAAGCAGGUGUGACGUAUGCAGUGAAUGCUUUGCAUCUGUCUGAGGAUCCAUAUGCCUACCCAGAGGCCAACUCCUCCCGAUCAGACCAACGGGAUCAGCAAGACCACCAAAUGGAACUGGAGAGGCAUUCACCUUGCACUUUCUCUCCUCUGAUUGCGAAAAUGCCAGGGAAGACAAAACUGAAGAGCGGUACGAUGUGGAGACCGUGGAGAACUGUGACAACGAUUCUGUACAGAGUGCUGGCGGGGCCUGGAAUUCCGGCGGAAUUGCUAACGACCUUGGUGGCAGACCUCUUGAGAUCUGGCAUUCUGAACGAGGAUAGGGACUUGCAGUCGAGAGCUUUCGCUGUAGAUCUGGACAGAUACUACAGGGACGAUGGGUCUGAGGAGGAUAUGAACGACUAGUACGAAGAGGAGGAUGUCCUGAGGCCAGAUCUGCCCCUAGGACACGAAGGCUGUGGUACCGAGGGGGAAUAUAAGAUAGACGACUCGGUAGGCAAGACACGG